AUGUGCACCUACACCUACACCCUGCACACGGCCUGCAUGCACAAGCAGUACCAGAACAUGAUGGAAUGCGUCCGCACCCGCACCGGCGACAGCACCACCCGAUUCGGCACCUACAGGACCCUCCACGGCGAGCUCACCCUCAACAGGCCCGUCCACCUGCCCGAGGAGGAGCCCUUUGACAUUCCGCUCCGGGAGUGUCGCGCUCGGCCCCGGUUCGCUACCCGCCCUGUGUCUGGGCUUUGUGUUGCUUGUAAGAGGGCAGAGAAAGAGAAGCGGGCUGCUGAGGCUUUGAAAGCUGAGCGAUUAGCGGGGGUUGCUGACAUGCCGGCGGGUGUGAGAAACAGCAUCAUGGGGUUGGAGACGCUGGUUGCUGCCACCAAGAGGAUGGAUCUGGAGGAUUGA